AGCCCGCUUUCUCCCGAUAUUCUUUGCGUAGCUCAAGGCGCAGUCAGCUGAAUGAAAACUUUACCAAUAAAAGAAGAAACGUCCAAUUACGCUAACUGUUCUUAAUAUUUUGUACUAUAAUUGUAGAUCCAACUGAACCGGUUUGUUCAGUAAGUUAGAAGGAAACUUAAAAACAACGAUCAAGUUGUCCGGCGCUGCCGCAAGAAAUUUGCUCGUCUUCCAAUGGCAAAUAAGCUCAGGUUAGAGGGUAAAGUAGCUGUAAUAACUGGUGCUGCAAGUGGCAUUGGUGAAGCAACUGCAAGAUUGUUCGUUGAACAUGGGGCUUGUGUGGUCAUUGCCGAUAUUCAAGAUGAACUUGGUCUCCAAGUUGUGGCCUCCAUAGGAACAGACAAAGCCACAUACCACCACUGCGACGUCACCGACGAGAAACAAGUCGAGGAAACCGUCGCCUAUGCUGUCGCAAAAUACGGCACCCUCGACAUCAUGUUCAGCAAUGCUGGCACUCUCGGUACCCUAGGCAGCAUUCUCGAAAUGGAUAUGACAGUAUUUGACAGGACAAUGACUGUUAACGCGCGUGGAUCCGCGUUAGCGGUCAAGCAUGCGGCUAGAGUCAUGGUAGCUAAAAAAGCCCGCGGGUCCAUCAUAUGUACAGCAAGCGUAGAGGCAAUCCUAGCUGGGGAAGCUCCGUUAGCCUACGUGGCAUCGAAGCACGCAAUCCUAGGCGUGAUGAAAGCGGCGGCGCGUGAGCUGGGGCAAUAUGGAAUUAGGGUGAAUUGUGUAUCGCCUUACGGCAUUGUUACGCCCUUGGUGCGUGAAACAUACGGUGGAAAUGGGGCCGGCAUUGAAGCUAGAAUAUGUGAAAAAGCUAACUUGAAAGGUGUUACUCUUAACACGAAGCAUAUUGCAGAAGCAGCACUUUUCUUGGCAUCAGAUGAAUCGGCUUAUGUUAGUGCUCAUAAUUUGGCUGUUGAUGGUGGACUCAGCUCUAUUAUGAAGCUAAAUUAG